GUACCAGAAUGUACAUUACCUGCCCUGAAUUCAUCCCAAGGAGCUGCUGUCAAGAAUGCACUACAACAUACAUUCUCUCUCAUUCAAGGGCCCCCUGGCACUGGUAAAACUGUUACUGGAGCGUACCUUGCUUAUUUCUUCACUCGCCUCAAUCAACAAUUACGAGCUGGUAAAAUGCGCCCUCAGGUGUUGUACUGUGGACCAUCAAACAAAUCAGUGGAUGUUGUAGCUGCAUACCUGAAGAAGUUUCCAAACAUCUCUGUCGUGCGAGUCUACAGUGAACAGAUAGAGCGGAAGGACUUUCCCAUCCCUGGUGUUCCAGGACUGGUCUCCAAGUGGUCAAGGAAAGAAUCAUCCAUGCCAGUGGAAAUGAAAGACAUUGCUCUUCAUCACUUGAUCAGGAUGCGUGGGAAGCCACAUGCUGCUGAGCUAGCGGGCUAUGAGAGGAAAUUUCGCACUCGCCCAGAUAGUAUAAGCCCACAGAGCAUAAAAGACUACAAAAGCACUAUUUUGGAGGCCACUAAAGAAGAAUUGCAAAACCAUCACAUAGUCCUGAGUACCUGCAAUGCUGCUGGAGCACGACGUAUCUCAAGACUGACGCGUGUCAUCCAGGUGAUUGUGGAUGAAGCUGGUAUGUGCAGUGAGCCAGAGACUAUGAUCCCUCUGGUUUCAGUGAAACCUAAUCAAGUGGUAUUAGUUGGAGAUCAUCAACAGCUUAGGUCGAUAAUCACAGAACCCAAUGCCAAGCAGCUUGGAAUGGAUAUUUCUCUGCUCGAAAAAUACAAGGAUAAAGCCAAGAUGCUCACUAUUCAGUACAGAAUGCACGAGCAGAUAUGUGAAUUUCCAUCAUCUGCGUUUUAUGACAACAAACUGGAGACAGCAGAAUCAGUGAGGCGUCGCAGUCUUGACCCUAUCAGGAGGAUAUGGCCCAAUAAUGGAAAUACACCUCGAGUGUUUUGUCAUGUUAAUGGGCAAGAGGAAACCCUUUCAGUAAAGACAGAAGAAGGCAACGAACAGUCAAAGAGCAAUGGUGCUGAAAUUAAACAUGUGAUGAGAAUGGUCCGAGCAUUGAUCAGCAUGAAGGUAUCACCUGCUGAGAUAAUCAUCCUGUCUCAGUAUCGUCUCCAGUGUGCGCAAAUUGAAGAGAGGCUCCAAAAAGACAGGGAUCGACGUCUUCAACAAGUCAAAGUCAGCACAGUGGUUAAAAGUCAAGGGAGUGAAUGGGACUAUGUAAUCUUCUCAACAGUUCGCUCUAAACCUCGGAUUGAGAUUGAAGAGAAGCCAAGCAGAGGGUGGCAGAGAAAACAUCUGGGUUUCAUCAAUGAUGAGAACCAGAUGAAUGUGGCUUUGACAAGAGCCAAGAGAGGUCUUAUCAUCAUAGGUAACCAGUACCUGCUACGAUGCCAUCAGCGAUGGAAGGAAAUGCUGAAGAAGUAUCAAUCAACACAGUGUCUAGUUGAAGCCAAGGAUUUUCUCAUGUGAAUUUAGCCAGUCUUUUGGAACCAACUGGACUUUCUUGUGUGACUACAUGUAUCUAUUUAAGGGCUCAACUGUACAUUAUCUGUCAUCCUGUCAAGCAAUGGACUUUCUAUGAAAUCAGGCUUUUAUCAGAGCAAGUGAUUUUUUAAAGAACAAAAUUCUAACUGGUUGUCGUGAUACAUCACAUGCUAUCUUGUCUCUUAUCGAAAAGGUAGAAAACUAUUUUGACCUUGGUUCUCACACAAGAAGAAUGUCCUUAUAUUUUUCUAGUGUUUGUUAUGAUAGACCAUAGAAUUAUUUUGUAUAAACUGCCACAUUAUGGUAAAUGUAUAAGAGGUAUUGUUUAAGACUGGUUCCGUAAUUAUUCACUUCAACGCCACCAGAAUGGUUGCAUUGGAAAUGAUUUGUCACAACAGAAAUAUUCAUUUUGGUGUACCUCAGGGUUCCAUACUUGCAGAGAUUCCAUGUCUCCUGAUCCUGCGGGAGAUUACCGGAAUGCGAUCCAAUCUCCCGUUAUCCCGGCCCCAUGCCAAAAUCUGGAUAAUCAGGAUUUUUAGCUGUUAGAUUUUAAAAGUCAUACGAACAACUGUUUUAUGAGUCUAGCAUAUUCAUCUCCCUAAAACCCAUGUGGUACCUCCUUAUCACCUUUUCAUUUUACCCAGCAACUUUUACCACUUUAUCGUACACUGAUUUCCAAUGUAAAUGAAGAUAAGUUUACUGAAUGACUGGUGAAUUAGUCUAACAAGCCAUUGUAUUUCCGGGUUCUGCAAUGUGUGUGAUGGAAACACUUCAGCGGAACUCCAUGUACAUGCCCCCC